AGUGGUUAAAUCCCCCCCAUCCAGGCUGCAGGUCACACCUGCACCAUGCCUGCCUGUCGCCUCUGCUUGCUGGCCGCAGGCCUCCUACUCGGGCUGCUACUGUUCACCCCUCUCUCAGCCACAGGCACCGGAACAGAGAAACCCGGCGUGUGCCCCCAGCUCGAACCCAUUGCGGACUGUGUGAAGGAGUGCGCCUUGGACAAGGAGUGCGCGGACAACCGCAAGUGCUGCCAGGCCGGGUGCAGCUCUAUCUGCUCCAAGCCUAAUGGACUGAGCGAAGGAGAGCUCUCAGGGACCAGAACUACAACUCUAUCAGCCGGCCUUGCCCACACUACUCCACUGUCCGGACGUCAAGUCUCCACGAAGCCACCGGCUGUGACCAGGGAAGGAGGUGAACAAGAAAAGCAGGGCUCCUGCCCCAGUGUGGACUUCCCCAAGCUCGGCCUCUGCGAGGACCAGUGCAAGGUGGACAGCCAGUGUUCUGGCAACAUGAAGUGCUGCCGAAACGGCUGUGGGAAGAUGGCCUGCACCACACCCGAGUUCUGAGCUUCAGCCACCAGCAGCCUGAGGAAUGGAGAGAGGUUGCUUCUGCUGGACUGUGCGUGCAUCCGGUGUCAUUCCCAUGGCCUCCUUUCUCCCUGGUCUUGGCAUUUCUUCCUGGUCCCACAAAAGCAUCUCCUUUUUCCAACCAAUAAAGUGAUCACUUUCAGCAAUGGAGAAGCUAUAA